CACAAUAUUCCAAGCGGUGCAAAGAAAAAAGUGUAAAUUGCUUUUUUUACAGCGGCGGAGAGCAACGCCUUAAAUAAGGGGCACGUCGCAUAGACUCUGCUCGAGCUCAGUGCAACGCACGCAUCACCAGACUUGGCAAAUAAAUAGAGACCAUAUAUUGCAAGAAAUUCAUAGGUAGCUAGACAGAACUGUGGACAUUUAACAAAACGAAAAUAUGGGCAAAAAAGAAUUCAAACAUCUAUCCAAAUCUGUAAAACCUUUGAAUUAUAAAAUUCAGUUACAACCUGAUUUGGAAUUGCAUAAUUUCAAAGGAGAGGAACUUGUUGAUAUUGAGGUCAAACGAGAAUGUGCAAAGAUUACCAUCAACUCAUUGGAUAUCGAAAUAUCAUCUGUUGUUUUUCAUUCUGACACACAAGUCCUUACAGCAUCAGAUAUUGUUUACAAAGCAGAAGAUGAAACUGUUACAUUUAAAUUCCCCCACAAACUCCCAGUUGGGAAUGCACAGCUAGAAAUAGUUUUUGUUGGAGAGUUAAAUGACAAAAUGAAAGGCUUUUAUCGCAGUAAAUACACCUCGUUAUCAGGAGAAGAACGUUUCUGUGCUGUAACCCAAUUUGAGCCUACUGAUGCACGAAGAGCUUUUCCAUGUUGGGAUGAACCAGCUAUUAAAGCUACAUUUGACAUUACACUUAUUGCACCUAAAGAUAGAGUUGUCUUAUCUAACAUGGAUGUUUUGAAACAAACAGACUCUGAAACAAAUGCAUCAUUGCAAGUUGUUACAUUCAACCGGACACCUAUCAUGUCCACAUAUCUUGUAGCUUUUGUAGUUGGAGAGUUUGAUUAUGUUGAAGAUAAAACUACUGAUGGAAUUCUUGUUAGAGUGUAUACUCCACUUGGUAAAACUGAACAGGGAAAAUUUGCACUUGAGAUUGCAUUGAAAACACUACCAUUUUAUUCUGACUACUUUGGUAUUGCAUACCCGCUACCAAAGAUGGAUCUCAUUGCAAUACCAGAUUUUGCAGCUGGUGCAAUGGAAAACUGGGGUCUCGUAACUUACCGAGAGACCUGCUUGUUGGUUGAUCCCAAUGAAACAGCUGCUGUGACAAAACAAUACGUUGCAUUGGUUGUUGGUCAUGAAAUUGCGCAUCAGUGGUUCGGCAAUUUAACAACAAUGAACUGGUGGACACACCUGUGGUUAAACGAAGGAUUUGCUUCUUUUAUCGAAUACAUGUGUGUGGACCACUGCUGUCCUGAGUAUGAUAUUUGGACACAAUUUGUUACCAAUGACUUCACAAGAGCUUUAGAACUAGACGCACUUGGUAAUAGCCAUCCAAUAGAGGUUCCAGUAGGCCAUCCUUCCGAAAUUGAUGAAAUAUUUGAUGCCAUAUCCUACAGCAAAGGUGCCUCUGUUAUUCGCAUGUUGCAUGAGUAUCUUGGUGACAAAGAUUUCCGAGCUGGUCUUCACAGCUACUUGACAACCUUUCAGUACAAGAAUGGAAGCACAGAGGAUUUAUGGGACCAUCUGGAGAAGUCCAGCAGUAAACCAGUCGGUCGUGUAAUGAGUACAUGGACACAACAGAUGGGCUACCCUGUCGUUGCAGUAUCAUCAGAACAAGCACAGUCCAAACAAAUCCUCAAAAUUAGCCAAAAGAAGUUUACUGCUGAUGGAUCUGAGGAUGCUGAGAAACGUUUAUGGUCUGUCCCAAUCACUAUUGCAACAAGCAAGAAUCCUAAUGAAAAAGAAUUGACAACACUACUGAGUGACCCAGAUAUGGUUUUAUUCCUUGAUAAUAUUCCCGAAGAUGCUUGGAUAAAACUCAAUCUUGGUCAAUUUGGUUUCUACCGUACGUGUUAUUCUCCGGAAAUGAUUCAGAAAUUAGUUCCUGGUAUUAAAUCACUCUCUGCUGUAGAUCGUCUUGGUAUUGAAAAUGAUAUGUUUGCACUUGCAAUGGCUGGUACCACAAGCACGACAAACUUUUUAGAUGUUUUGUUGGGAUAUGCUGAGGAAACUAACUACACAGUUUGGAAAGAUCUCGACGCCAACCUUGGCCAUCUCUCCAUACUUCUACAAAACACCAGUGCUUAUGAUAAAUUCAAAGAGUUUGUGAGAAAAAUCUACAAACCUAUCGCAGAAAAUAUUGGCUGGGAUGCUAAAGAGGAUGACAAUGCGUUGACCCCCAUGUUGCGAAGUGUGAUUUUGAGACGACUUGGAAAAUACGGUGAUGCCGACACAAUUGAGGAAUGUCAACGAAGAUUUAAGGCACAUGUUGAUGGUACUGAAUCGAUACCGGCUGAUUUAAGAGCAGUUGUGUAUAGUACUGUUGUUUCUAAUGGAAGUGUGGAGACGCAAGACGAACUGAUCAAGCUUUUCCGUAAUACCACUCACAUGGAGGAGCACAAUCGAAUAAUGCGAUCGAUGGGUUCAAGCGACGAGGCUGAACUUAUAACAAAAGCUCUUGAGUUUUCUCUUUCAGAUGAUGUUAGAUCGCAAGAUACUGUGUUUGCAAUGGCGGGAUGCACAGGAAGCUAUCUCGGCCGAAAAAUGACAUGGCAGUUUACGAAGGAUAAUUGGGAGGUGUUGUAUAAACGCUACGAUGGAGGCUUUCUGUUGUCAAGAUUAGUCAUGCUAAGCACGGAGAACUUCGCCACUGCGGAAGAAGCUCAAGAUGUGGAGUCUUUUUUCACUGCUCACAAAGUACCGGCUGCCGAAAGAACAGUAAAACAGUCUUUAGAAAGAAUUGGAUUGAAUCAAAAAUGGCUGUCUCGUGACGGGGAGAGCGUUGUGGAAUGGUUGAACAAAAACUAAGUUGUUGGGAUUUAAAAGUGGGAGAUAAAUGUUUCGUCGUGUGAUAGAAUUCACGUCUUAAGUACAAUCCUUUAUAGGCAUUUUUUUUAGCUUCUUUCCUCAAUCAAUUCGGAUUGUGUUUUUAUAGAUACACGGUUUUUGGCGAUAAAAUUUUAGCUGAUAAUUGCAUUAUCUU